AUGGCGGCGGCAGGUCCGAGUACUCGGGCCUCUUCCGCGGCGGCAGCGGCAGCUCUGAAUCGGCGGGGUCGGCGGGGCCGCUGUGACGAGAUGGCGGCAGCCAAGACUGGGACCCCGGGCCCGGCCUCUGGCCCCGCGCUGCUGGUGUUGCCGCCGCCGUUGCUGCAGCCGCCGCCACCGCCGCGGCCGGAGGAGUCGGACUGCGCUGGGUGCCUGGAGACCCCGGGGGAAGCGGCGGCCCUGCCGUGCGGCCACUCGCUGUGCCGAGGCUGCGCCCAACGCGCCGCCGACGCGGCGGGCCCGGGUUGCCCGCGCUGCCGCGCCCGCGGCCCGGGCUGGGCCCGCCGUCGGGCCCGCGACAACUGGCAGCCCGACGCGGAGGUGCUGGGCGAGCGCGCCCGCCGCGGCCCACCCGAGCGCUGCCGCUCGCGUCGUGACGGGGGCGCGGCCGCCACGGGGCCCAGGCCCGAGCAGGAGACGCGCGGCGCGCCCGCGGAGCCAGAGUUUAUAUUCAGAGCACCAAUCAAAUUAAGCAAGCCUGGGGAACUUCGUGAGGAAUAUGAAAGCCUGAGAAAGCUGAGAGAAGAAAAGUUACAAGAGGAGAAAACCUCUGAAGAUCAAAUCCACAGGCUGUUACCAGAGGAUACAGAAAUGGGAAAAAGGAAAAUGGAUGAACAGAAAAAAAGAGAUGAGCCAUUAGUACUGAAGACAAAUCUAGAGCGUUGUCCUGCACGUCUCUCAGAUUCAGAGAAUGAAGAACCUUCUCGAGGCAAGAUGAUACAGACACACCGCUCGGCAUUUGUUUCCAAGAACAACUCCUACUCCUUAUCUUUCCUGGCAGGGAACCUAAAUUCCAAGAUGGAAAGGAGUCAGAGCUGCAGUGACACUGGUCAGGACAGAGUGAAGGGCAGACUGAGAGCAGCCCCAACCAGCAAAGCCAAGGUCACAACCAUGACCCCAGCCUCCAACCCUAUCAUUGGUGUCCUCUUGUCCACCCAAAACAACCGCUGCCUCUCAGCCCCUGACUUAACCAUUGAAAAGCGUCUGCCCUUCAGCUCCCUCUCAUCCUUGGCUUCCCUGCAUAAGCCAGAGCGCUCCAUCAGCCCUGAGAGCAACGACAGCAUCUCCGAAGAACUAAACCAUUUCAAGCCCAUUGUCUGCUCACCAUGUACUCCUCCCAAGAGACUCCCUGAUGGCCGUGUACUGAGUCCCCUCAUCAUCAAAUCAACACCCCGCAACCUAAACAGAAGCCUGCAGAAGCAGACUUCUUAUGAGGCCAGUCCACGGAUCCUCAAAAAGUGGGAACAGAUCUUUCAGGAGCGGCAGAUCAAAAAGACCCUUUCGAAAGCCACCCUCACCUCCCUGGCUCCAGAAACAGGGGAAGACUUACUCGUCACGGAAGUUACCCAUUCUAGCAAGGAGAAGCCACUUCUGGCUUUAAAUACAAGACUGUCCAGUGGGCAAGUACUCUCUGAGUAUACAGGACCUGCCCCCACUGACCUUGAUUAUUUCCCCUCUGUUAGCCAGACAAAAGCAGAGCAGGGCAGUGACAGUAAAAGGAGCACUGAGAUCCCAUUAGAAACCUGCUGUUCUUCAGAACUCAAAGUGGGAGCCAGUGGGACUUCUUUGGAGAGAGAGCAGUUUGAAGGGUCAGGGUCAUCCCCAGAUGCCAAGUUAGAUAAAACCUGUAUAACAACAGCUAUGAAAAUCUCAGCAGUUAGUUCAGUGCUACCUAAAAACAGUGUUUUGGGCGGGGUCCUCAAAACAAAGAAACAGCUGAAGACAGUGAAUCAUUUUGAUCUGCCUAAUGGUGUUCUGGCAGACAGCCUAGGUGAGGAGCCACUUCCUUCCUUGCGUCGGGGCAGGAAAAGACGCUGUAAGACCAAGCACUUGGAACAAAAUGGCUCCCUUAAGAAACUGCGACAAAGCAGUGGUGAGGUGGGUCUGGCCCCAGCAGACCCAGUACUGCGAGAGAUGGAGCAGAAAUUGCAGCAAGAGGAAGAGGACCGGCAGCUCGCUCUGCAGCUGCAGCGCAUGUUUGACAAUGAGAGGCGGACUGUGAGUCGGCGAAAAGGAAGCAUGGAUCAGUACCUCUUGCGGUCCAGUAGCAUGGCUGGGGCCAAGUAGCACCCGACGAGCAGCGUUACCUAUUUUUCAGAGGUCUUUGGGCUUGAUCAUUUACCCUGAAGAAAUGAAUGUUCUCACUUUGGGUUUCUUUUAAUGGCAAAACACUGUCUAGCAUGAUUCUGAGAGGUCUCGGGCCUUUGUAGUAUAUAUAGCCAAGGAAGCUGCAUCUCUGCCCCCCUGUGACCCGGGCCAGAAGCGCUCCUCACCCCCUAAGUGACCCACCCCUUAGGGCUUCUGGGCCAAAUCUGGCAGCCCUUGCUUGGGGUGAGAUUCAGGAGCACAAUGGCCGGGGUUAGAAAUGGUAGAGGAAAAGGGGACACCUUCUCAAACUGACAGACCUCCUGACUUCUUUCAGCAGGUGUUGUUUUAAAUCAGCCAUGCAGAUAAAAAUUAGUUCCAUCUUUUUUCAAAGAAGUGGAACAGUGUAGUUCUUUGGCAGAUCCAUAAAGAUUAUGUUCCCCCUUCUUACCCUUGCCGCAAGUAAAUAUUCCUAAUUAAAUCAGUUUUUAUGCUUCUACAAAAGUUAAUUUACAUUCCUUGUUUAAAAAAUAACAUUUGAUUAAUGCUAUAUAGUUGACAGACCACAUUCAUAGUCAUUGUUUAAUUUGGUCUUUUCAGGAGACCUAACAUGUAAGUGGUAUUAGUCCCAUUUUUAGAUGAUGAAACUGCAGUGCAGAUGUUCAGUUUCUCUCAACUACUAAGGGCAUAGCUCAGACUGACUGCUGGGUCUCCCAACGACAAAUCCCAUGGAUUUUCCACACUUAAAGAGGUUGCCAUAAUGGACAGCGAUCCAAGGACGUACCAGGGGAGCCUAGAGAAAGCAAGCUGGGCUUUGAAUGCUGAUUGUGCAAAACCCACAUGCAGAUAAUUGAGAUUGACUGGAAGUGUAAACAUAUACUGUGCAAUUAUCCCCAUCCCUACAGUGUACAGCCUUCUGUUUUCCUGGGGUUCCACUCUGUUAGAUAAACUACAAUUGGACUUCAUUGUUACUCUCCAUAUGGCCAAGAGUUAUCUGCAGUGUUGAUCUAAAAUCCAGAAAAUUUGCCCAGAAGUCAGGCAAGAACAGUACUGAAACUCCCUACUGUGGAAACAAGGAAUCUAGCUGGAUACAGCUGGUAAAUUCAGUCCCAUGGACCUUUGGGGUUUAUUUUCCUUAGCAGCUGACACCAUGUGUCUUUUGCAUCUCUGGUGGUGCUUGGUGCUUCUGCCCAUCUGGGCUCAUUGAAAGUAGGGAUUAAGAUACGAUUUUAGGGAAUCUCAGGUGGCCUGGCAUUCCCUGUGCAUGUAUGAGCUGUUACUAUAAAGUCAUGUGACUGGCAUUUUAACAAA